UCGAUAGUACAUCUAUGUCAUCCCUCUCAGAUGUAUCUUCUCAUCUCGACAUUUGAAUCAUCCGAAUUAUCACGAGCAUAAGCCCUCGAUGAACUAAAGAACUCUUGGUUUAGUUUUAUUUAACGGUGUGUUGAGGGGAGUUUUAUUCAAGUGAAGUGCACUGCAGAUUAAUUAAAUGGAGAAUGACGUUCGGUGGAGAAGAUUCUUCGCUGAUGGAUGCAGUAAGUAUCCACGGCCCUCGCAAAAUGAAAGAUAGGGAUCUGCCAACGUGUAUCUCCCGGUAUUCGGAUUCCCUGCUAACUAAGAGGUGGAUACAACGAUUAGUAUGUUAAUGACGAGCUCUGUGGGAUACUAACGACUCUCAGCUGAAUAAAAUCCCGUGAAAAGGGUCUAGACGACAAAAGAGAAUAAGCGAGAAGGAGAAAAAAAAACGCCUCGAAAUAGACUGGCGAAAAUUCUUCUGCAUUCACGUUUGUAAAUAAUUACUGUGCGAAUGAAACUGUGAGAAAAUUGUGGAGAAGGAGAGUACGAGAGGGUUUAAUAAUACUGGAGUCAGCAUAAUCAUGUUCGGCACGAAGUUGCGCACGUGGAUGGAGGCGCAUAUCGUGCGACCGAAGAAAAAAAAGGAUCGUAAAAAGGGCGACAAGGGCUUUGACUCAAAUUGCAAUUCACCGGGGAGCCACAGUGCCAAUCGAUCACCAGCACCUCAUCAGGUCCAUCCAUUGAAUUCACCAGCUAAAAACGUAGACAGUAUUAUCCUCGGUAAAACAGCCACAUACGUUGGCACAACGACAAACUCAUCGUCUGGUAAUUCCGGUGGAAACGGUAGUGUUAAUCUCUCAUCACCAGAGAGUGCAUACAGCACUGGUUACUCAACGGACGGCACAUCGCCAGGUGCAAGUUUCCCACCUGAGUAUUACAUUAAUAUAAGAACUGGUAAGCAUUAUUUUCAAAGUAACAAGGGAACAAGAAGUGCAAAGUGCGGUGUGGCCAACGGUCCGGGAAAUGAGAAGCAGGAGGAGCCAACUGAGAACAGGGUGAACGGAAACAUUACCAUGACGAGGGAAAAUAAACUAGCUGGAGAGAUUCGCACCAGUACUCCAUUCAAGGGGACAGAGGUAGCAAUCAGCCACCCCCACAAAUCCCAGCAGUGUCAGCAAAGUCCGCAGACCCUAAAUCGUAAUGCAUCCCAUGUACACAGAAGAACAGAGUCGUAUUCAGCAGCAGACGUAACGAUACGAAAUAGUUUGCCAAUUCCUUCGUCCAUACCACCACCACUUGUUUCAUCACCUACCAUCCAAUCACCAAGACAACGUUCACGAAUACGUACGAAUCCAUGGCUAUCAGCCAACUCAUCCAGCUCUAGUACAACUGGUUGUGGCAAUGGUGGUGGUUACAAGUCUCGUUUAACAUUGAAUGAAACUAGUAGCAGUUCAGGACUCAAACUCACCGAGUCCUCGGGCAGUGCUAGUGACGUUAAUGUGAAUAAUCAUCGCACCAACCAGGGAAGAAGGGAGUGCAGACAGGAGAGUCUCAGUGCUGGUCGCAGUCCAAUAAACCAAAACUGGCGAAUCUCCCCGGGAAUGGAUCGCGCCAAGCUCCCCCCGUGCCUCUCCCGCCGCAGUAGUUCAAGCUCCUCGGGCUCCUCAAUAACCCAGAGCAUAAGAUCCUCGGAGGACGACAUAACUCUCAACGAGAUGAUGGGCAAGUUCGACGAGUCCUACAUAUACGAGAAGGAAACCGACAUUCUCUCAGACAGCGAUCCAACAGACUGCGAGGACUACGUCAAUCACUCGCCGUCGGACGUGGACACAGGUCAGGACGGGGGUGACGAGAACGACCCCUUCGAGAGCUCGGACUUCGACUACAUCGACAACGGUAGCUUCCUGGACCUGGAGACCCUCGAGGGAAGUUUCCCGAACACCGGGCACUGCACGUACUUCACUUUUACAAGCGAACUAACGCGAAGAAGCACUCGCCUCCGCGACUCCAUCCUGAAGCGUCGAUCAAGGGAGGAAAUGCAGCACCGCUCGAGCCUCCGGAGCAGUUCCAAACGCCAGAGCCUCCGUCACAAGAAACUCGAGGAUAAACCGUUGGAGAAACGAAAGAAACGCCAGUCCCAGCGGCGAAAGCCCAUCUUCGACAAAUGCGAUGACGCUGCGGCAAACUUGAAUCGAGUUUUGGUGGAGCGAAUGCUGUUAAAGAACUCGGGCUUCAAUCAGGGCAGCAGGAGUGUCGGAGGGACACCGAUCUGCUUGCGUCGAAGGAAGCACCACGAUGUCAACGAGAAUCUCUCCCCAAUCCGCCAGAACGACCCGAGAAACUUCAUCAAUCCUUCCCUGAUGGAGAACGAAAUCGUCAAGAGAAGAUCCAACUCCAUCAGUUACGUCAAUGGCAAUAUUGUGAGACAGAGAGUCUCUGGAAAUGCUUACAUGACGACUUUCGCGUCGGAGAUAGCGCUGAUCGAGGCGGACAAAGAGGCGGAUAGAAAGUACAGGGAGCUCAUCAUGGAGGCUGAGAAUAUCCUGGUUAAUAUGAAGAAUGCAUCCUCUCCGGUGAUUCCUUCGCCCUCUCGACGAGUUCACAAUGGGCUUGCUAACAAGAGAGUUGAGUUGAUAAAGAAUACCGAGUUGAAUAUUGAACUGGCGCUUUCGAAGAGCAGAAAUUCCCAGCCGGAGUUGCAGAGUGGAAACAUCAAGGAUAUCGAACACACUAGUCCUAAGAGACAGUUCAAUCAGAUGGGCUCACCCUUUCAUCGGUUUAUGGAGAGGAAUUGUUACAGGCAGGAAGUGGUCAAGUGUCCGGAUUCACCGGUUCUCGGGAGGAGGACUCCGCAGGUCUCUCCAAGCAGGGGUUUUGUGGCUAGCAGGAUGGCCAUGAUGGAGGAGGGGAGGGAGAGGGCUAGGAGUCGAGUGGUGGAGGUCAAUGGGGUCAGGUCUUUCAGUCAGGAUGGACGGGUGGAGAACUUCCCGAAGGAUCCGCUUUUCUCGGCUGCACCGAAGAACGGAUUUGGGAAGAAGAAGGAGAUGAGGCAGAAGGAUGAGGGGAUUACCAGCAGUUCCUCGGAUUCAGAGGACAGGGGGGAGGCCAGGAGGAGGGCUCCGUUGUUGACGUUCAGGUCUGUCGAUAUGGGGCCUGUUAAGGAGAGCACGUACUACUGUCCCCAGAGUGAGCCAGUCAAGAGGAAAGUUUACGCUGGUAGUACUACCUAUGGGAGAAUACAAAAGACUCUGGGGGAAAGACAUGUGGUUCUGAGAAAUUCCGAUGGGGAUACAGCCACUGAUGAUACAGAUGACUCGAGAAGAUCACUCCGUGAAAAAGUUGCCCAGCUACGUCAGGAGAGAUUGACAGCCGAGGCAAAUCUAAAUGCUCAAGACACCCAAAUGUUUCAGCAUCAUUUGACCCAAUUACGUAGGCAAAUGCUGAUGCACACGAUUGAGGGACUCAAACGUAGCCUCGAGGAUCAGUCAGCGACACUUAAGCAGACGUGCCUCCACGAGACGAUCCUCCACGACGAGUUGCCUUGAACACUUGACAAACGACAAACAAAAAAUAAUCCAGAGUAUUUUUUGCCCCAGAUUUUUCACAACUCUUUGUAUCGUUGAAUUUAACAAAAGUAAUAAUUACGACACAGGGGACGAACUAAAGUGGUAAGAUGUUUUUAUUUCUCAACUAAUACCUCUGCAGGGGGACAAUAUAUAUUUUUCUGCCUCUACAAAUACUCAAGAUCAACAGAAUGGGAAAAUUAGAGACGAGUGAUAUUUUGAGGACAGUUUUCCCGGUGAUUUUUUCGUUUUAUAAUAUAACGUUUCGUAUGGAAAAUCAAUUGAUUAAUAAUAUGAGCCUGGAUUGGUAAUCAAGGAUGAACUUUUCAGAGCGUAGAAGUAGAAAAAAAAAAUUGGAAUUUUCUACAAUUGCAGAGUAAUUGAAUUUAAUUUAUUUUUAAAUUAAACGAAAUAGAGAGAUGAAUCUUCCAAACUCUCCUCACUUCUACACUUCACUUAUCAUCUCUUUAUUCUGUUCAAUUACACGAUGAAAAUAGAAUUGAGAAUAGUUGCUUGAUAGCGAGAACAAGAGGGAACUUGCAUGAUUUUUCUCAAUUUUUCCAAUUUCAAGAUCACGUUCACAAUGAAACAUUCUUUCAAAAAUUAAAUUGAUCAAUUAAUAAUCAAUGGAUUGAAUGUCAAUUGAUCAUACUAAUUGUGUAGGUCAUGUCUCACAAUAUUCUUUGCUGUUUGGCUCUUCAUAUUCUAUGAAAAAUGCAUGAGUAGGUGAAUAAAAAAAAUUGAGCUUCAUGCAGGUUCCUUAUUCAGUAAUGAAGUGGCAAAACAAGAGGAGGUGCCAACAAAAAAUGUCACACGAAAAUGUCUGCAAUUCCUCCAGAUUCAAAGAUAUUCAUCUUAUUUCGCCUCUUCAGAAUUACUGAAUUAAUCCAAUAACAUCAUGAUAGAUAAUAAAAAUCACUAGAAAUUAUACUAAAGGGCCUAUUCUUGGGUGUCCACUCGCACUAGUUAGAAUUCCAUUUAUAAAAAAAUCAAUGCUAUACGAAUAAACUAAAUAUCAAAAUCAUAAAUUUCACGAUAGAAAAAAAAAUUGUAGAAAAAUGCAAGAGUAGAGGAAUGCAUACUCGUAAUGCGUAGUGUUUAAUUAAAAGAAUGAGAAAAAAUUGUAAUCGAUAAUAAUAUCCCUGAGAGAAAAAUACCUCAUUGAAUAUGGCCCAGAGUUCCACUUCUGUCACAAUAACAGAAAAAUUAUUUGAAGUGAUGUGACAACAGUGUUAUCAGUGUUGCCUGUAUUUUCAUAGUCUGCGAUCGAGUGCUGUAUAUUUUUCCGCGAAUAGAAUACCAUUGGAAGCUAGAAAAAAACUCCCCUAGAUGUUGGAAUAUCAAUUCUUUUUUGAUUAUUCAAGUGCACGUUGCUGUCACGUUGCCAAUUGUUCCUAUGAGAAACACUGCUCGAUAGUUACUCUUUGGUUUUGUCAUUCGUUUAAAUGAUUGAUUAAUUGAGGGUCUUCACGUUUAGCGAUUUUAUAAGGAAGUAUCAACUGUAUACCAAAGAUAAUAAUGUAGUGAUAGUGAAAAUGUAAGUUACUGAGAGAAAUACGAGGGAUAACUUCAAUUAUUGGUAGAGAAAGGGUAGAACAUCCUAGCGCAUGGGAAAUUUCGUUGUUUUAUUUAGUGGUUCUUUCAAUUCGGAGUGAAUUCAGUGGCGAUGUGACGAAUCGUAAUGAAUUAUUUGGUUUUCAGUGAUUAUUCAUUAAUUUUGAUAAUCAAAAGUUCCAGAAUAUUUCUACAGAGAAUUUAAUUUUCAACAAAAGCUUCUUCUCCUCAUCUUCUCCUUUAUUUUGGAUUAAUUGAAUAUUUCCUUUUUAUUAUUCUGAAUUACCCCUCCCAAAAUCACUCAUUGAGAAUUCACUCAUUUUGGUCUGUUAUUCAACCACUUCACCACUGAAUAAUCAUUUUUAUUCGUCAUCUUUGAAGCAGUACCUCGAAGAUGACGAAACGAAAUGAUCAUCCUCUCAUAUUUCUAAAGUAUUCUCUUAACAAUUCUUUGCGGAUAGACUGAAUAGUGUUACGACUGAAGAAGUAGACGAUAGAAUUGUCCUAAUUUUUGUGAUUUAUAAUUUCUUCAAUUCAUCGUUCUCAAAAACAUUGAACAUUGCGCACACUUUGGAUAUUCAGCAUUAGAUGAUAGUAACUAGCCACUAGAUGAAAAAUUUAGAGAAAAAUAUAGUGUUAGAUGGAACAUUUAACGAGUAAUAGACUCACGAAAAGUCGUCUAGUUGUUAAUUUUCAUCGUAGGCUACCUUCACUCGAUAUUUUCUUAAGACCUUGUGAUUGUCAGUUAAUUCUAAGUAAGUGAAUUUUUAAAAAUGCAAGAAAAGCUUUAUCUAUUUAAUUAAAUCAUUAGACUUUAUUGAAAUUCUCAAUACUCGAGCAUUGUAAAUAAUUCAUUUGAUAAUUUCAUAAUUAGCUAUUAUAAUUAAUUUGUAUUUUUGGUUAUGAAAAGUGACGGUCGUUUGUUGAUUUGUUGAUUGACUCGAUACAUUCCAGAAAAUGAAGGAAAGCUCGAAUAAAAUAUAUUUGACAAAAUGAUAACAACACAGGCAAUUAACUACUUGAUUUAACCGAGAGUUCAAUUGAUUCGUAUGAUUUCAAAUGAAACAAAAUGUUCCCCUGCUCGGAUUUAUCUCUAGUCAUCCGAUGGACUGUGCAGGGUAGAUAAAAUAAUAAUUAAAAUGGUUAUUGAGAUUCAAUGGCAGAGAUAAUUUCGAUUAUUGUUGAUAACAGUGUCUUCAUUCUCUCUGUAAACUCGUGCCAUUCAUCCAAUUAAAUAAAAAUGUUUCUUUUGUAUAUGAUUAAUUAUGAAUAAAUUAUAUUAUGUCGUUGUUAACAAAA